AUGCUAUCAACCGUUCCCCUCAAUGUGGGACGUAGGCGCGUCUUUGGCUCCGUCUUUUCCCCGGCGUCCCUAGAAGCCCCAACAAAGUCGAAGUCAAACUCGGAACACGAAACCGACCGGACACCCACCAGCUCCUUCCAUAGCUCGACAGGCUCAACUUCGACAUUUAAGGCAGACUCCUUGCCCACUUCAUUCGCCACUGUUGGAGGAUCGACAGACUCGCCGAACGAGGAAACAUUGGAACAGGCACGACUUGCGGCGAGCGAGUUCUUAUCUGUACCCAACCUCGGUUUUCAACUACUCUAUGACUACCGGAAUACAGAUGGGAGUGAAGUGCUGAAGCAAUGGAACCGGCUAAGUCCGCCGUCGAAAGAGACAGCAGAGGCACUGGAGUGUCUAGUGCGGAACUGUCCGUGGACCCUUUUCGAUUGGUAUGGGUGUGAUAUUCGCAGGCAUUUUCUUGUGAAUUUGCGCGAUGAUUUUUCUCAGCUUCUUCGGAGCCCGGAGAAACAAGGUCUCCUCCGGACCAUUGUCAAUUGCUUACAGCUUGCCCGUCGAAUUUACCUGGCGCCCGUCGUGCGCUAUCUGCUUCCUCUCAUUCCGACACCCCACCAGGCUGGGUUCUUGGCUCAAUUACAACGGGCAUUCCAUACGGUGGUUUCAUACUCUCUGCCUUGGCAGCAGAUUUCACCGCUUCUUACAAGCGAAAUUACCCGAGAUGCUACCACUAUCCUGGGUAUCGAUACUCUGGAUGGGGACUCAGAUAUGGAGAAAAUGAGUAUUGAUGAGAUGGAGGUGGAUCGGGCAUAUUCCGUCUCGUACAAAGACUGGAGACGAGAAACCACUGAAGGUCGAGCACACAUGAUGGAUGAGGGCGAAGACCAUCGAGUGGCAAUUUCCCGCGAUCGACUUCUUGCUUUCCUCAAUGGUCUGCAGCUCGUUGGACUUGGUGCUGAGAAAGCCCAGAAAGUUUUUGCAAGGGUGAUGAAUGUGAUGAUGUCGGACUUCAUUUCUGCAGCAUACACUGGCCAGUGGGAUGCACCGACAUCAGCGCCGCAUCACCUGCGACAAUGGAUAGAGAAUGUUUUUGCCCGACUCGCAGUACAGGUCUUGGCCAUCAUUCAUUCCGAACAAUCAGGAACCCACUCUGGGGCCUUGGAUGUGAGCUUUCGUGACGUGGAGAAGUGGCAGGAAGUGGGCAUUGCUCGCUUGGGUGCGCUCCGAGUAAGUGAGCUCUUCGACGUGGUUGUUGAAUGGCCUGCCAGCAGUGGAGCAGUGGAAGAUCUGCGGCACUUCACUACGCAUACUACAUCGAGAACGCAUGUUACGCAGUCAUUUAUCAAUAUGCUGCAACAGCGGCUGCUUCAUCCUGGAGCUUCUACUGUUGAGAUCUUGCAGGUGUACAUCUCUAUCAUUCGAGCAUUCCAUCUACUCGACCCCAAGGGUGUUCUGCUUGACCGUAUCGCUCGACCUAUCCGACGUUACUUGAGAGACCGCGAUGAUACCGUCAAGGUCAUUGUUGGCGGUCUUUUGGCAGACUCCACAGCGCCCAAUACAGGCGAUACUCUGGCCGAGCUAUCGACAGAGCUGACCAAGGUGCACCAGCAUUCCAUGCGGGGUAACAAGGGCGAACUGGACUUUGAUGACUUGAACUGGGUGCCUGACCCAGUCGAUGCCGCUCCGGACUACCGCAAGUCAAAGAGCGCCGAUGUCAUUGACAGCCUGGUCAGCCUGUUUGAUUCGAAAGAGACCUUCGUGAAGGAAAUGCAGACUCUCCUCGCAGACCGUCUGAUCCAGAACCGCAAGAACUACGACCAGGAAAUCACAGUCCUAGAACUCCUCAAAGUCCGAUUCGGUGACUCCGCACUGCAAGCAUGCGAGGUCAUGCUCCGAGAUAUCUCAGACUCCCGACGUCUCAACAUCUCCGUACAGAAGCAGAGCCAUACAAAGCCUCGCUCAGCAGCCAUGGCCAACAGACUCGUGCCACCAGACUCCACAGAUCUUCACGCCAAGAUCCUAUCCCGCUUCUUCUGGCCGGAGAUCCAAGAGCAAGAGUUCAAGGUCCCCAAAGAAAUCGCCAAACUACAAGAAAGCUACGCUACAGGCUUCGAAGCCCUCAAAGCCUCACGCAAACUGAACUGGCGCAACGGCCUAGGCCAAGUGACAGUCGAACUGGAACUGGAAAACCACAGCUUUACCGGCGAAGUAACAACCUGGCAAGCAACGGUAAUCUACGCUUUCAACUCCGACACAGACACCGAUCCCAACGAGCCAGCCACAAAAUCAGUUACGGAACUAUCCGACACCCUUUCAAUGACCCCAGCCCUAGUCCGCAGCGCGUGCUUAUUUUGGGUAAGCAAACGCAUCCUGACAGAACCGCAUCGCGAUACCUUCCGCGUUCUGGAAAUCCUUCCCAGCGAACACGAAGCCCAUGGCUCCAUCAUCGCCGGUCCAGAAGGCGCAGAAGACGAAGAUGACGAUGAUGCCAAUGCAGCCGCGGCAGCAGAAGCAGCAGCAGCGGCAGCGGCAAAGGAAUCCGCUGAAGCAGCUGCUAUGGAGAAGAUGAAUUUGCAUUGGCAAUUUAUUGUUGGCAUGCUUACGAAUCAGGGUCCCAUGCCGUUGCAGAAUAUUGUUAUGAUGCUGAAGAUCGUUGUGCCCGGUGGAUUUCCAUUUAGCAAUGAGGAGCUGAGGGAGUUCCUUGGAGGUAUGGUUUCAAAGGGGAAGUUGGAGGUUGUUAGUGGUGGCAGUUACAAGAUUGUGCAUUAG